GAUCCAAGCAUAUUAUUAUUUGAGAAUCAGUGGCGAUCAGACCUCUGCAAAACACUUUCGUUUUAAAAUAAUGGCGUCCACUUUAUUCUUAAUUGUACUGAGUACACUUUUCUGUGCUGUGCUGUCUUUACCAGUUGACAAAUUAUCGAAAACAUAUGACAGUAAUUCGGACACUGAAAUUGUUUUAAGUAGUCCUACUGAUAAUAAUCCGGGGUUAAGUUUGAAUAGUGCGGUCUACUUUGAUGCUGUAGCGGCUCCAAGUUUGGAAGACAGUGUAAAGGAUAUCAAGAGAACGAAGCGACAAGUGGUCAAUGCAGGAAACAAUAGAUGUCCCAGCGACAAGAUUCAGUUUCGAAUGUUAUGCAUGUCAAAGGAAAGGUAUGAGGAGAUUAAGAAAGCAGAAAUGGAAGCAUGAUUAAAAAGAAUGCCAUUUCUGCAUUUGUCAAGUAGAAAAACUAAGAAGAUUUGUUCGUUUUAAGGUUUGUCUCUCCCCUGCCUACCCCGCCUUGAUUAGGCUACCGUAGGCACGUGCCAUACAACAGUUGCUGGAAUUUAGACCUGCAACUAUGUGCAUAAUAAUUCAAUCUUUGAAACCCUAGUUCACAUAAAUACUU